AUGGGCCGCUGGGGACUCAGUCCGGCCGUGGUCUGGGCCGGGGAAGGGGAGGGACAAGGCCGGGGGCAGCCCCGGCGGCCCCGCCCUCCCGGUGCGAGGGUGCGCUGUGUGCUACGCGUGCGGGAGGGCGCGAGCCGCUGUGGUCGGAUGAGGCAAUCGCGGGGAACGUGCGGCUGGGCCCGUCAGGGGCUGCGGCUGGGUUGGGGGAGGGGAGGGCGCCGGUGGGGCCCGCCCGCGGCAGUUAAGGCCUGUCCCCGCGCCGCUGUUCUCCCAGCCAUCUGUGCUGGGCUCCAGGGCGGGCGCCGUCGGCUUCUGCCCCAGCCCAGGCCAACAAGUGGUGGCUCGCAGACCGGGCGGCGGGCCGCGGUGACCCGGGCGGGGGCAGCCAAUGGGCUCCCAGGCUACAGUGGCGCCACCGGGCAGCCUGCCUGUCUUUGGCUGGAGCUGCGGCAGGAGGGGCCGCAGGCCGCCAGUCAGGGUUGCCGGGCCCUGUCUCUGGGAGGCCCCCGGCAGAUCUGCCGCUCCAUUCAGACAGCCCUACGCUGGCUGCUGCAUUUUUAA